AUGUCAGGGGGUGCAAAACAGGUGAAGAUCAGCUUCUUCACUCGCGAGGAGGAUGAAGCUCUGCAUGUCUCGGGCAACCCUCUAUACGUUCCUGUGUCGUUGAAGAGAUUCGGUCUCAGUGAGAUUGUGAAUCACUUGAUUGACAAAGAUUCGGAAAGACCCACACCCUUCGAGUUCUUGAUUAACGGUACACUUCUCAAAACAUCACUAGAGGAUUACCUUGUUGAGAAUGGAUUGUCCAAUGAGGCCUUCUUAAACCUGGAGUAUGCCAGAGCAAUUCUUCCACCAAGCUUCCUUGGAUCUUUCAGUAACGAAGAUUGGGUGUCUUCUGUUCAUGCACGGGACUCCAGGAUAGUCUCCGGAGCAUACGAUGGUAUUGUGAGAAUAUAUAACAGCGCUGGAAAGGUGGAGACCCAGAUGGUAGGCCAUUCAGCGCCGGUGAAAUCCGUCAGAUUCGUCACGCCAACAAGAGUGGUCUCCUCCGGCAACGACCACCACGUCAGACUAUGGAAGAUCGGAGCAGAGGGGUCUGAAAUUGAAGAUGACGUGACCAGGAAUGGAAACACAUUAGCCAUUCUCCAAGGACACAAGGCUCCAGUUGUCUCUCUGGCUGUUCACGAAUCAUCGAGCAAAAUCCUGUCUGCUGGUUACGAUAACACCGUUGGAUUAUGGUCCACCAACGUGAAGGAAAUGCAAACGGUCCAGGCUGAAGACCUCACCAGCGUUUCUACAGCAACUAAGAAAAGAGCAAAGUUGGCUCUUAAAGAUGGAACAAUUAAAAGAAAAGCCCCAUUGGCAUUGCUGGAUUCGCAUUCUGGGCCAGUUGAAGGAGUGAUAUUCGACGCUUCGGAUUCCACUGUUGGUUAUUCGGUUUCGCAAGACCACACCAUCAAAACGUGGGAUCUGGUGACUUCUAGAUGCGUUGACACGAGAGUCACUUCUUAUUCGUUGCUCUCGGUGGUGCAACUGCCAAAGGUGUCAUUAUUGGCAUGUGGCUCUUCUGCCAGACACAUCAACUUGCAUGAUCCAAGAGUCGGAGAUACUUCUUCGCAAAACGUGGUACAAUCUCAGCUUAUUGGACAUUCCAACUUUGUGGUCUCUCUUGCUGCUAGUCCAGAAAAUGACUACAUGCUGGUGUCUGCUUCCCAUGACGGUACCUGUAAGGUGUGGGAUGUGAGGGCCAAUAAAUCGAUGUACACCAUUUUCAGAGAGAACUCAGAAAAAUCCAAGAACAAGGUGUUUGGAGUGGAUUGGGACAAGCAAAUUGGAAUUGUGAGUGGGGGAGACGACAAAAAAUUGCAAAUCAACCAAGGCUUGGGAGUAUCCCAGUGA